UAAAAAAUCCAAAAAAGAGCCGUUAGUAAGUUAGCGUUAGCUACCAUGCAGUCUUAUCAAAGCACCAUAACUUUAGUGGACUAAUUUUUACAAUCGGUAAUCGUUCCUAAAGCUGAAUGAAAAUCGCUGUCUAUCUAUAUGUCGAUCUGAAAUAAAAUAUUUAAAUAACUAGAAAACAGAACUCUAGGUACUACAGAAUUCGAAUAAAACUAAUCCCUUUUCAAUUAUGACGAAUGAAACCCCCACAUAAUAAACCAUUUCAAAAAUGUAUUGAAAUUACUUUGUUUAGCGCCCAACUGUUAACAUCCAAACCACUCAUUGUCAAAUCGAUUUUAAAUUGCACCUUUAUUUAAUUCAGCAAAUUACCACUCAAAUGGCACGUGCUUUCCCCACAACAACUCAGUAUUACUCUAACUAUUGUGAUGUGAAGUGGCAAGUGAAACAUAUUGUGGUUGCUCUAAAAGAAGAUGAAAAUUUCUAUGUUGCUGCUUAUGGCGGCAAUCAUUCUCAUUGCAAAUGAAUGUUUUGGUCAGCGAACAACGCCGCGUUCGGCAAGCUCUGGCAAAGUCCCUACAACCCGGCGACAAACAACGCCAAGUCGUACAACCCAGAGACAUACAACUCGCCCAGCCGGACAGGCCGCCAAACUUGUCAGUGCGAAUCAGAACCGUCCGACAACACGGACAACACGACGAGCGACAACACGGGCCUCAGCACCGUCCGCCAAUGUGAACAAACUAUCGGGAGCGGGUGUGGGCGCAACGAUCCGUACGACGCCGAGGCGUCAAACGACACGUAGCGGGGUAGGAGCUGGACAUUCUGCCAAUAUGGUCAAACCUUCUGGAGCGGGUGCAACGUCUCAAGGGAAACAGACGACGAGGACUACGGCGCGUUCAGUGACAACAAGAACUACAACAAGACGCUCAGUGACGUCUAGAACUACAACAAAAGUAGCACGACAACCAGUGGCAGUGGCAGUUUCAGUGCCAGUGGGCCGGCCGACUGAUAAACAAACACCAACAAAGAAGCCCACGGAAACAAGCACAUAUUUGACCAAGGUCCCACAAACAGCGUGGAAGCCUUAUUCACUCACGACUGGAGCCGUGGGCUACAGUUUACCAUUUGCUUACAGCAGCUACAGCAUCUACAGUAGCUACAGCAAUUCGACGGAUACGGGUAACGCCACCACUUAUGCGCCAUCGUGGCCGAUGGACAUCGCAUCGUCGACGGUAAGCAGUGUCAACAGUGACGGAGCAUUGUACGAAUAUUCUGAAGAGCACGACUGGGAAGAAUAUGGAACGAGUGAACCAAAUUUAGGUAACUACCUCGACACUGCGGAAGAGGUCGGACAGGACACAACGACUCCGGUUGUGACAAAGGACACCGACCAAACGGGUCCUACUCGGAAGAAGCUCAAACGACGCAUCAGGAUUGAUCCCAUAACGGGGAAACGGCAAGUAAUGAAGCGCAGGAAAGUUGUGAAACAGAUUGUUGAAAACAAACAGUAAUGAUAAACCACAUGCACCAAGUUGUAAUGAAGUGUUUUUUUGUAGCAUUGAAAGAAUUCCUUCGUACAGAACAGUCGGAUAACAAACAAUGAGGGGUGGCUUUGCGCAUAACGACUCAAGCUAUCGAAAGAAGAUGCGCAAUGAGGCCCCAGAUUUCCACCUAAAUACUCGAAUAAUGGUACAUAUACUGCUGUUCUACGGAGACUUAUACUAUAAAAAAAAACAAUCAAGAAAAUCACAUAUGAAACUAAAGUAUAAUUUGCGUUCCUGACCUAUUGGAAUGGGAGAGCUCCGUUCGCAUGAAAUCGUUCAUAUUUUUACGUAUGAUUUUUU